UCUUCACAUCAGCCUAAUCCAAACUCCACUUCAGUUUCUUGCUCUUCCUCUCUCUUGCCACCAAUGGCAACACUUGUCAAACCAAUUACUUGUUUCAUUCUGAUAAUUUUAACGACAUGUUGCCAAACUCAAGCUAGAGAGAGCAAAUUCUUCUCCAAAUAUGCUCACCUAGCCACAAACAAUUUUGUCUCAGUACCUAGUAGUUCUAAUCUCAAAAUAGAUGUCCCUUCAUCUCCAACUCCAUCCUCAGCUCCCACCCCAUCCACAAGCCAAAUCAGCGGCGUCCCAGCGACGUCCCCCUACUCCAGCCCGUCCCCGUCCCCCACAACUCUCGGGGAUGAAGAGAGCCCAUCCCCGGCCCCCACAAUUGAAGGCAUCGAAUACAGCCCGGCACCUACUCCUACAGGGGCCGGAGAGAGCCUUGCCCCGACUCCAGAGUACAACCUGGCACCAACCCCUAGUAUGACAAGCGCCGGAGAUAGCCCUGCCCCGGCCCCAUUUGAGGAUGAGGAAGAAGAUGAGGAUGAGUUUUCCUCUGAAAAUCCAGAGGAACUGAACAACGACAACAACAACAGAGAAGCCUACACCUAUACCAAGAGCGGGGCACAAGGCAUGAGUGAUGCGAGAAUAGAAGGCAACAAGUACUACUAUGACAACGAGGGGAUGAGCGAUACGAGAAUACAAGGCAGCAGUGAGUACUACUACAAUGCCGAGCACAACAACUACAGCCCUGGUGGCCACGAAAGCCAACCACAGGGGAUGAGUGACACAAGGAACAACAAGUACUACUAUGACAACGAACCACAGGGGAUGAGUGACACGAGAAUAGAAAACAACAACAAGUACUACAACUACAGUCCGGUGGGAGGCGAGAGCAGCAAUGAGGAGGGAUACUACUACAAUGGGAGCUACAACAAGUCCAAAUAUGAGUUCGAUUCGAUGGAAGAGUAUGAGAAUCAGCAAGGGUAUGCAGAUGUUCAACAGGAGUUCAUCAAUCCUUGAACGAUUUAAGGGUGUCCUUUUUUGGUGAUGAGACAGGGUUUGAAUUUACUUGCAACGGGGUUCUGUUGUAGACUAAAUACUUCCAACUUCUUUGCCUUUUUUGCUCUGUUUUUCCCUUUGCAUUGGGCAAUUGCCAAGUUGAUGAAUGGAACUUCUUGCAAUUA